CAACUGAAGUGAAGCAAGUGCCUCAAAAUGAGUUUUCUUAAUCAAUUCAACUUGUUGCUUCGUCUAACGCUCCUGUUCACCAUAUUGAACGAGGCACGCACGCUGCCGGCACUGGAAACUGCAUCGGGUGCAACAAACGUCAACAACUUAGAAGAGGUGUAUAAGCUACCAGACACCAACAUCGAUUCGAAUUCAUUAAAUGAGCCAGUCUUAACAGUUGUCAAUACAACCAGCCAAACAGGAUCAGACACCACUGAUGCGCAGGAGUCUGCAGUGCCUGGUGAUAAUGUGGCCAGUGCGAGCAGCAACGAGGCAAUGUCCGUCUACGCUGGCGGACUGAUAACCCCCGAGGCCUUUCAGCAGUACUUGAGUCAGUAUAGUGGUGCAGCGGGUUUGGCACCGCUUGCAGCCGCCUAUCCGGCGCCAAUAACAGGCGCGCCCGGCAUCUAUCCCUAUCCGGGUCCCAUAAUGGUGCAGACUGGCUAUGAGGGCUUCUUGGUGCCGGCGAAUCCAGCUGGCUCCGGAAGUGUUUCAGAUGCGAGCACAACAAUAGCAGCAACAGCUCCUCCGCCCGGCUUAAAUCCCCUAAUGGCCUUUGUGUCCAGAUUGCUGCCCAGCAUACUGAUGUCCACGCUGUUUCGCAUUGCAGCCGUUGUGUUAUCCGCCGUGGGCGUCAUUCUCUUUGGAGGCGCCAUUACCAAUGCUCUUUGCCGGCUGACGCCCAUCUGCGAGAUUCCUGGCAAAGCCGCCGACUAUCUACGCUCUGGUGGGGCACAGGAUGUGGGCCGUAUGAUAGCUGAGGAAAUUACGCCGGAACGCGUGAGACGAACCACGGAAUUUGUGCGCAAUGCCAUUCACAAGUAUCGCCAGCUGCAGACGCUUGUCGAGUAGGAGAAGAAAUACAAAAGAAGGAUUCGACAGUAGGAAGAGCUUUGUUGCCACUAAAUGGUUAACGUGAUGAGAUUUUGUGUUAAUUGUAAUAAUUUGCCUGUAAACAUGAAUAACUGAAAUAUAUACUUUUAAUUGUAGU